AUGAAGCCGUCCCUCUCUCCGUUCGUCAGCCUUCUCCUGGUGACCCUGAUGUGUCCAGGACCAUCCAGAGCCGGAAGUGUUAACCGCCAAGGCACUGAGGGUCUGAGAGGACCGAGACAAUCCAGGGAAGAGUCUUCUGCACAAGGCAAAAACGGGUCUCCCUUGCUACACCACCAAGAAAAACGCUACCUCUUACCACGCACUCCCCCUUACCCGGAACCCGAACCGGAUUUCAAAGUUGUCGACUGCAAGAAAAGUGAAGGCUAUUGUCAAGAAUAUUGUAAUUAUAUGGAAACACAAGUAGGCUACUGCUUUAAAAAAAAAUAUGUCUGCUGUUUGCAUCAGAACUGA